AUGGAAAGGGGAAUCAAUAACAAUGACUCAUCUUCUGCAUCUUAUACACCUCUAAUAGAAGAAAACAAUGAAAUUCAAGCAACAAGUCCAAAAGUUUCUACCUCAGAUGAUGGUGUAGACAAUGAUAGCUUACCACAUAAUACUUCUCUUAACAAUCAUUUUCAUCAACAUUUUGAUGAACCUGUUCUGAGAAAUUUCGAAAAAACUGCUAAAAUCACCCCUUUUGUAGUUACCUCAGCUUUAAUUGUGGCCAUUGGUGGAUUCUUAUUUGGAUUUGAUACAGGUGUAAUUAGUGGUGCAAUGUUGCUAAUUGAACGUGAAUUUACUAUGACAGCUUUUCAAAAAGGAAUGGUAGUUGGAGCAACAACAAUUGGUGCAUUUUUUGGUGGAUUGGGAGCUGGUUCUUUAUCAGAUUUUGCUGGAC